GAGGCGGAGGCGGCGAAAUGGCGGCGGCGGCGGGGGAAGGAGCGGCAGCGGCAUAAUGAGGCGACGCCUGUAACCGGGGCAGCUCCAGGCUGGGUCCCGCCUGGCAGGAUAUCUAGGUUUGAAACAAAGUUACAGUCUUGGAAACUCUGGAUAAGCUCAAUAUCAAGAUUCAAGGAGCUGAGCAGCAAUGUGGUUAGCCUCGAAGCAGAUAUAAUGGUGUCAAAAUGCAGUUCAGAGAACAUAUACUUAGAGGGCACAGAAACUAAUAUGUAAGCUGUGUUGGAACAAAAAUGCAAUGAAAGAAACACUGGAUGAAUGAAUGAAAAGCCCUGCUUUGCAGUUCCUCAGCAUGGCAGGACUACAACUCAUGACCCCGGCUUCCUCACCAAUGGGUCCUUUUUUUGGACUUCCAUGGCAACAAGAAGCAAUUCAUGAUAAUAUUUACACACCAAGAAAAUACCAGGUUGAACUGCUGGAAGCAGCUCUGGAUCAUAAUACAAUAGUCUGUUUAAACACUGGCUCAGGGAAGACUUUUAUUGCAGUACUACUCAUUAAAGAACUGUCUUACCAGAUCAGGGGAGAUUUUAACAAAAAUGGAAAAAGAACAGUAUUCUUGGUCAACUCUGCAAACCAAGUUGCUCAGCAAGUGUCAACUGUUAGGACGCAUUCAGAUCUCAAAGUGGGAGAGUAUUCAAGUUUGGAAAUAACUGAAGCAUGGACAAAAGAGAAAUGGAACCAAGAAUUUGCUAAGUAUCAGGUUCUGGUAAUGACCUGUCGUGUCGCUUUGAAUAUUUUAAAAAAUGACCAUUUAUCCCUGUCAAACAUUAAUCUUCUUAUUUUUGAUGAGUGCCAUCUUGCAAUUCAGGAUCACCCCUAUCGAGAAAUUAUGCAGCUUUGUGAGAGUUGUCCAUCAUGCCCCCGAAUUUUAGGAUUAACAGCUUCCAUUUUAAAUGGGAAAUGUGAUCCAGCAGAGUUGGAAGAGAAGAUUCAGAAAUUGGAGAACAUUCUAAAGAGUAGUGCGGAAACUGCAACUGAUUUAGUGGUUUUGGACAGGUAUACUUCUCAGCCUUGUGAGAUUGUGGUAGAUUGUGGACCAUAUGCUGACAAAAGUGGGCUCUAUGAAAGGUUGUUAACGGAGCUGGAUGAUGCACUUCACUUUCUGAAUGAUUGCAACAUAUCUGUACUGUGUAGAGAGAGAGAUUCUACCUUGAUUUCGAAACAGAUACUGUCAGACUGCCGAGCAGUGUUGCUUGUUCUGGGACCCUGGUGUGCUGAUAAAGUAGCUGGGAUGAUGGUGAGAGAGCUACAGAAGUACAUAAAGCACGAGCAAGAGGAGCUGCACAGGAAAUUUUUAUUGUUUACAGAUACUUUCCUAAGGAAAAUACAUGCACUCUGUGAAGAGCACUUCUCACCUGCCUCACUUGACCUGAAAUUUGUAACCCCAAAAGUAAUAAAACUGCUUGAAAUUUUGCGUAAAUACAAGCCCUAUGAACGGCAACAGUUUGAAAGUGUUGAGUGGUAUAAUAAUCGGAAUCAGGAUAAUUAUGUGUCCUGGAGUGAUUCUGAAGAUGAGGACGAAGAUGAAGAAAUAGAGGAGAAAGAGAAAACGGAAACUAAUUUUCCUUCUCCCUUUACUAAUAUUUUAUGUGGAAUUAUUUUUGUGGAAAGAAGAUACACAGCAGUUGUUUUGAACAGGUUGAUAAAAGAAGCUGGCAAACAAGACCCAGAGCUGGCUUACAUCAGCAGCAAUUUUAUAACUGGACAUGGCAUUGGAAAGAAUCAGCCCCGUAGUAAACAGAUGGAAGUAGAAUUCCGAAAGCAGGAAGAGGUACUUAGAAAAUUUCGAGCACACGAGACCAACUUACUAAUUGCAACUAGUAUUGUAGAAGAGGGUGUUGACAUACCAAAAUGCAAUUUGGUGGUUCGUUUUGAUUUGCCCACAGAAUAUCGUUCCUAUGUGCAGUCCAAAGGAAGGGCCAGGGCACCUAUCUCGAAUUACAUCAUGUUAGCAGAUUCAGACAAAAUCAAAUGUUUUGAAGAAGAUCUUAAAACCUACAAGGCAAUUGAGAAGAUCCUGAGGAACAAAUGCUCGAAGUCUGUGGAUACUAGUGAAACCGAAAAUGAACCCAUUAUAGAUGACGAUGAUAUAUUCCCACCAUAUGUGCUAAGACCAGAAGACGGCGGUCCAAGAGUCACAAUAAACACUGCUAUUGGGCACAUUAAUAGGUACUGUGCUAGACUGCCAAGUGACCCUUUUACACAUCUAGCUCCCAAGUGUAAAACUAGAGAACUCCCUGAUAACACAUUUUAUUCAACUCUUUAUCUACCUAUCAAUUCUCCUCUACGAGCAUCAAUAGUUGGUCCUCCAAUGAAUUGUACAAGAUUGGCAGAGAGGGUUGUUGCUCUUAUUUGCUGUGAAAAAUUGCAUAAGAUUGGUGAACUGGAUGAUCACUUGAUGCCUGUUGGGAAAGAGACAGUGAAAUAUGAGGAGGAACUUGAUUUGCAUGAUGAAGAAGAAACCAGUGUUCCAGGAAGGCCAGGUUCUACAAAACGAAGGCAAUGCUACCCUAAAGCUAUUCCAGAAUGUUUGACGGAUAGUUAUCCCAAACCUGACCAACCCUGUUACCUUUAUGUAAUUGGAAUGGUAUUAACUACCCCUCUACCUGAUGAGCUCAACUUCAGGCGGCGAAAGCUAUAUCCUCCUGAAGAUACUGCAAGAUGUUUUGGAAUACUGACAGCCAAACCUAUACCUCAGAUUCCUCACUUUCCUGUGUAUACCCGCUCGGGAGAAGUGACCAUAUCUAUUGAGCUAAAGAAAUCAGGAUUCACUUUGUCUUUACAAAUGCUUGAGUUGAUCACAAGACUUCACCAGUACAUUUUCUCUCACAUUCUUCGGCUUGAGAAACCUGCACUAGAAUUCAGACCUACCGAUGCUGAUUCAGCCUAUUGUGUUCUACCUCUUAAUGUUGUUGAUGGCUCCAGCACUUUGGACAUUGAUUUUAAAUUUAUGGAAGAUAUUGAAAAAUCUGAAGCACGUACAGGCAUUCCCAGUACACAGUAUACAAAAGAGACACCUUUUAUUUUCAAAUUAGAAGAUUACCAGGAUGCAGUUAUCAUUCCAAGGUAUCGAAAUUUUGAUCAGCCUCAUCGAUUUUAUGUUGCUGAUGUCUACACAGAUCUUACUCCACUGAGCAAAUUUCCUUCCCCAGAAUAUGAAACUUUUGCUGAAUAUUAUAAAACCAAGUAUAACCUUGACCUGACCAAUCUCAACCAGCCAUUGCUGGAUGUGGACCACACGUCUUCAAGACUUAAUCUUUUGACUCCUCGUCAUCUGAAUCAGAAGGGGAAAGCUCUCCCAUUGAGUAGUGCUGAGAAGAGGAAAGCUAAGUGGGAAAGUCUACAGAACAAGCAGAUUCUGGUUCCAGAACUCUGUGCUAUCCAUCCUAUUCCAGCAUCGCUGUGGAGAAAAGCAGUUUGCCUCCCCAGCAUUCUUUAUCGUCUUCACUGCCUUUUGACAGCCGAGGAACUCAGAUCCCAAACCGCCAUUGAUGCUGGUGUAGGAGUUAAGUCACUUCCUUCAGAUUUCAGAUAUCCUAACCUGGACUUUGGGUGGAAAAAGUCUAUUGACAGCAAAUCCUUCAUCUCUGCUUCUAGCUCUUCUGUAGCAGAGAAUGAAAAUUAUUUUAAGCACAGCGCAAUUGUAGUCCCUGAAAAUGCUGCAUAUCAAGGUGCUAAUAAAACCUCUUCUGCAGAUAAGCAUGACCAAAUGUCUGUGAGCAACAGAACAUUGAUUGAGUCACCUAGUAAACUCCAAAAUGACGUCUCGGUAGAACUGGCAACAGUUAAUGGUGUUUCUUACAAUAAAAAUCUUGCCAACGGCAAUUUUGACUUAGCUAGCCGAGACUUUUGCCAAGGAAAUCAGCUAAAUUACUCCAGGCAGGAAAUACCUGUACAACCAACUACCUCGUAUCCUAUUCAGAAUUUAUACAACAGUGAGAACCAGCUCAAGCCCAGCAAUGAAUGUACUCUACUGAGUAAUAAAUAUCUUGAUGGAAAUGCUAACAAAUCUACCUCAGAUGGAUGUCCCAGAAUGGCCCUGAACACCAGUGCUUCAGAUGCUUGUGAUCUUUCAAAGGAAAGAAUGGAUUCUGUAACAAGCCCUUCCAAGGGAUACUCCUCAAAAACCCUUGGCCCAAACCCUGGUCUCAUUCUUCAGGCUUUGACUCUCUCAAAUGCUAGCGAUGGAUUUAAUCUGGAGCGUCUUGAAAUGCUUGGUGAUUCAUUUCUAAAGCAUGCCAUCACUACAUACUUGUUUUGCACUUACCCUGAUGCUCAUGAGGGACGCCUGUCAUAUAUGAGAAGCAAAAAAGUCAGCAAUUGUAACUUGUAUCGUCUUGGAAAAAAGAAAGGGCUUCCUAGUCGCAUGGUGGUAUCUAUUUUUGACCCGCCUGUCAACUGGCUUCCUCCUGGUUACAUAGUAAACCAAGACAAGAGUAAUACAGACAAAUGGGAAAAAGAUGAAAUGGCAAAAGAGGGAUUGAUGUCUAAUGGAAAACUUGAUGAUGAUUAUGAUGAUGACGAUGACGACGACUUAAUGUGGCGAGUACCCAAGGAGGAAGCUGACUUUGAGGAUGACUUUAUGGAAUACGAUCAGGAGCAUAUCAAAUUCAUUGACAAUAUGUUAAUGGGUUCUGGAGCAUUUGUGAAGAAAAUAUCCCUUUCCCCAUUUUCACCCACUGAUAACAGUUAUGAAUGGAAAGCACCCAAAAAAUCAACCUUGACUAAUGUCCAGUUUGCAUCAGAUUUUGAUGAUUUUGAUUACAGCUCCUGGGAUGCAAUGUGCUAUCUAGACCCUAGCAAGGCUGUUGAAGAGGAUGACUUUGUAGUGGGUUUCUGGAAUCCAUCAGAGGAAAAUUGUGGUAUUGAUGCUGGAAAACAGUCCAUCUCCUAUGACUUACAUACAGAACAAUGCAUUGCUGACAAAAGCAUUGCAGACUGUGUGGAAGCCCUUCUGGGCUGCUAUCUGACCAGCUGCGGUGAAAGAGCUGCCCAGCUUUUCCUCUGUUCACUGGGGCUAAAAGUGCUUCCGGUUAUUAAGAAAACUGAUUGGGAGAGUGCUCUGUAUUCCUACAGAGAGCAUUUUAACCACCAGCAGAAACAUUCUUCAGCAAUCUGUGUUUCUGCCUCUCUAGCCAAUCAAGAGUCUUCUCUGUAUAAAGACUUGAUGUAUGGCUGUUUAAAGAUUCCUCCAAGAUGUAUGUUUGAUCAUCCAGAUGCUGAGCGAACCUUACAUCACCUUAUAUCUGGCUUUGAAAACUUCGAGAAGAAAAUUAGCUACAGUUUUAAGAAUAAGGCUUAUCUACUUCAGGCAUUUACUCAUGCCUCCUAUCAUUACAACACCAUUACUGAUUGUUACCAGCGGUUGGAAUUCCUGGGAGAUGCAAUUUUGGACUACCUCAUAACCAAGCACCUUUACGAAGACCCACGGCAGCACUCUCCUGGAGUUCUAACAGACCUGCGAUCUGCUCUUGUUAACAAUACCAUCUUUGCCUCAUUGGCUGUAAAGUACGACUACCACAAAUACUUCAAAGCUGUCUCUCCCGAGCUGUUUCAUGUUAUUGAUGACUUUGUGCAGUUUCAGAUGGAAAAAAAUGAAAUGCAAGGAAUGGAUUCCGAGCUCCGAAGAUCUGAAGAAGAUGAAGAAAAAGAGGAGGACAUAGAAGUACCAAAGGCCAUGGGGGAUAUAUUUGAGUCACUCGCUGGUGCCAUUUACAUGGAUAGUGGAAUGUCUCUUGAAAUGGUUUGGCAAGUGUACUAUCCAAUGAUGAGGCCAUUAAUAGAGAAAUUCUCUGCAAAUGUGCCCCGUUCCCCAGUACGAGAGCUGCUGGAAAUGGAGCCAGAGACAGCUAAAUUUAGUCCUGCGGAAAGAACCUACGAUGGAAAGGUCAGAGUAACUGUGGAAGUUGUAGGAAAGGGAAAGUUCAAAGGUGUUGGAAGAAGCUAUCGGAUCGCCAAAUCUGCUGCAGCAAGAAGAGCUCUACGAAGCCUCAAAGCAAAUCAACCUCAGGUUCCAAAUAGCUGAGACACCUCUUAAAAACAACAACAACAACCACACACUCAAUAGAGAAAUUUAAAAGAUA